AAUCACAAAAAAAAAUACAAGUUGUUCCAGUCAUCUUUUAAUUCUUCGUCAUGCCUCGUUUAAGGUCUAUGGAGGCGAGUGCUACCUCGCCAGUUACUCCUAAGGUGAAUAUUCUUGCUCUGCUGGCCUGGUGACGCUAAUGGAUUGAUUGGUUAUAGUCGGCACUUGAUCGAAUUGCAGAAGCUUCUUCAAAACUCAAUUCCAAUGCUACCCCCGCUACAACUCUUGACUACCCAUCCUUAGCAAAACUCGAGUACCCUUCUUUAGACAAAGUCCGGUAUCCGGAGAUCCCCCUGACUACUCCGAAAGUGAAUAGUCGUAUUCCGACAUAUGCCGCGACAACCGGGAAGAAACUUGGUAACUUCUCCGAAAAGCUUAAGGACGAAGCCACCACCACCACCCCUGUUAAGCCUGCGCAGAAACUUAAGCUCCCUAGUACCGGAUUUGAGUUCCGUGUGAUUAAGACUGGGGAGAAGAAGGUUGAGGAAUUAGUCCCUCCGGUUUCCCCGGCGACUGCGGCCGUGGUUGCUACACCCGCCAGACCAAUUGCGAAGAAGAAGAAGAGUAGACGUUUUUCCAGCAUUCACAGACGUCAGUUUGAGAAGAUGGAGAGUAUCACUACGCAUUACGCUGCUAAGCGCACUCCGAAUCAGCCGGUCACAAUUGAGAAGAUGCCGCGCGGAGUGAAGCGGACAAAGUCUCGUGCGGAGUUGGGCGAUCGCGGACCACCGAGCUCGCCGAGUCCUGUUAAGAUGCUUGUUGAAGGUCCUAGGAAUGCUGAAGGGGAUGGUGGCAGCCCUAUGAAGAGGACUAAGAUAUCCGCUGUCAGUGAAGAGAAGACCACCUUGCCCAGCAAACCGAGUGGGAUUCCGAGACCGGGCAUGACCCCGAUCAAGGGAUUCAGGAGACGCCCUGCGACUGUUGCAAAGAUUUCCAUGGGUGGAAGAUUGAACCUUACGCCUGCCACUAGACUUGCUAGUCUUGUUCACGCCGGCACUACUCCUUCGAAGAUCCCCAGUGCUGUAACUACUCCAGUUGUAGAAGAUACAGAUUCGGCACCUAGCACCGCCGCCGCACCACCAAACCGGAACAUCAAACUCCCAAGCACUGAUACCUCGAAGAAAGCAGCCAACCCCCUCGCCCCGCCGGAGACGGAUGGUUUCACCUUCAGAAGCAAUGGCGCGGGAAUUAACUACAAACGUCUCAGUGACAUGCACUCCUUUAAUUGUAACCUCAACAAAGACGUCCCAACGGCCCCAACCCCACUAUUGACUCCCAUGAAGAUGAGUGCAGAAGACCCAUUUGUGGGAAUGGCCCGCAGAGCAGCUAUGGAAUGGACUCCUGUCGCUGCUGCGCCCGUUGAGAAACGUAAAGCUCCCCACAGCGACGACGAUGACGACGGUAACGGCGCCGGGGAUGGAGAAGCUGUGGAUACGGUACAUGAAGGUGGCGCAAGGAAGAGGUUGAAAUUUGCCCCUGUUGAGGAACCUACCGCAAAGGCUACGGAGGCUACGACGGUUGCUACGGGGACGCCUAGGAAGAAGUCACUCAAGAGCCGUGGGAAAUCUAUACUCCUGAGGAGCAGACUGAACGUGCUGGCUGCGCCCAAGAGGAGGGUUGAGAAGGGUACGGAGGGAAACGACGAGAAGGACAAGGAUACCGGAAGGAUAAGGUGGAAGUAGAUUUGUAAUUUCCUUUUCUUUUUCCCUUAUCUCCCAUGCUCCAUAAUGAUGUUUCCCAUCUUAUCUCCUUUGUUCGGCGUGGUGGUUUGACUUGUUAACUUAGGUAUUGGUUUUGAGAGAGAGCGGUUUGUGGUGUAGACUUCUCUUUUCCUUAUGGUAUUUUCCUUUUAUUUUUUUCAUACCUUAUUUCCGAUUACCGAAUGUAGGCUUAUGAGAAAUUCGGCGUUUCUUCUCUUUUCCUUUAUUACCAAUGAGAUGUUUGGUAUUUAUACGUGGCUCUAUUUGAUCCAGGAUUGGCGUUUAAUAUAUUCAUACCAGGUGUUUUGUCUGGA